AUGUAUGAAGUUCACUCGGCCUCACGGGAGGAGAGGAACACAUGGAUGAAGGUCAUUGCACAGUCAGUAAAAGUAUGUCCAAAACGGGAGGAAUUCCCUCUGAUUGAAACUGAAGUGGAAGCCAAAUUGAGGAAAUUGAAAGAGGUCAUACAGCAGAGGGACACAGAGGUGGCGACCAUCCUGGAGGAGAAGGUGACGCUGUUUUCAAAGGUGCUACAACUGCAGGCAGGAGAGGACGCUCCAGUCAUGGGGAACACCCGCAAACUGUUCCGGACAGAAUCAACAGACAGCUACCGCGGGGAGAAACUCAUCAAUGAGGCCAUCAAAGAAGUGGAAGCCUUGAAGGACGUCAUUAUAACGAUCGGAAACGAGCAGCCGCUUACAGUCGAUCACAAUCACACGUCUGUCCCAUCCAGUAACCCCACACAUGGUGACUCGAGCAGUGUGAAUGGAGCCCUGGACAAGGACGAGGACCAGAAGGACCGGAACGGCAAUCAGCUGCAGAAUAAGAGCCCUCAGGAGGAGGCUCUGCAAAGGAUCUCCAACUUGUACAGCUUGUUGCAUGGACUCCAGGUGGUGGUGGCCCAGCAGGACAGUCUGUUGAGUCUACAGAUCCCAGACAACACGGACAAGAAAGACAACUUGAACCGCACCGACAAGAAAGAGAACCUGUCCCGCACCAACUCCCGCGACCUGUCCGUAGUCGAGCCCUUAUCCAAGAGCAUGGACAAGUCUGGCACCGAGCUGACCCUUCUCCAGCGACAGCACACCCUGCUGCAAGAGGAGCUGCGCCGCUGCAGGCGACAGUGCGAGGAGCGGGUGCAGGAGGCAGGAACCUUGGAGGCGCGGCUCAGAGAGAGCGAGCAGAUGCGGAACAGACUGGAGCGGGAGCUGGAGGAGGGGAAGAAGCAGCUGGCCUCCCUGCACAAAGGCAACGGGGUGACUGAUAUUGGCAGAAGUCCGAGAGGGACCGACCCAAGACGGCGAAGUCUGCCAGCCGGAGACGCCCUGUACCAAACCUUCACUCCUCCCCAGAUAAACCAUGACCGCCGAUCCCUGGCUACCGUGGAUGGCCCGAUCCCCAUCAUCACCUUACAGGAGGACUCUGACCUGAAAGACGACUUCAGCGACCUCACCGAGCUGGAGAGGCUUCCAGAGACCGUAGACACAGAGUCCUCAGAGGAAGAGGGAGGAGGGCCGCCAACGUCACCAUCAGGCACGCGAGAAUUCCAGAGAAUGCAGGACAUUCCGGAGGAGGCGGAGAGCACGCAAGACCUGAAAGACGCGGAAACCGGAUCGUCGGAGAGCUGA